AUUCUAGGGAAUUAAUUUUAUUGCUUUGUACUAUUUCAUUGGAUACAUUCAUCACACUCAAUUAUCUAUUCUUAAGUUUAUGGGCUUUUGGACUCUCGUUUUCCUCUAAUGGAGAGCAUCAAUACAAUAUUCAGGUACGUGAUUUCUUGGACCAUGUGCAGUAGUUUCUUUAGGUUAUGCACCUAUCGCUGGUCAUGGCAUGUACCCACGGUCCCCUGUUCUGAGACGCUGCCCAACUGCUUUCUAAGGUGGCCUUACUCUGCCUUUAGCUGUGUGUGACAUUACCUGUUCCUCUGCAUCCUGGCAGCAUCUAGUGUUGCCACUUUGGUUGGGGAGGAAAUGACAUUUCAUUAUGCGCUUCAUUUGCACUUUCCUGAUUAUGAGGCAGAUUGCAUAUCUUGUCCUAUUUUGUUUUUGCUAUUUCUGUUGCUCAUUCUGUGAAUUUUCUCCUUACAUAACUUGCUAAUUAUUCCAGUUCUUAAAGGCUGCUCUAUAUGGAGCCCUUGAAAUAUAUAUAUUUAACUUAAAAAUCCUUUUUAAAAAAUUUGUGUACUGCCAGUGUCUUCUCCCCAGCUCUGAAUAUGCAGGGCAUUUCUCCCAUUGGUGGGUUAACGUAGUGGUGACCUCAUUCUGCAAUAUUUUCUGUUUGCCUCUGUCUCUCAUAAGGCUCAGCUGAUAAAGAAUACACCUGCAGUAUGGGAGAGCUGGAUUCGAUGCUCGGGUUGGGAAGAUCCCCUGGAGAAGGGAAUGGGUAACCACUCCAGUAUUCUGGCCUGGAGAAUUCCAUAGACUAUAUAUUUCAUGGGGUCACAAAGAGACGUGACUGAGUGACUUUCACUUUCUCAUAAGGCUGUGAAUUCAAGUGAGAGCAAAAACAGACCUUUUCAUUUUUAUUUGCUUGGUCCCUGGCACAUAGAUGGUACCUAGAAAAAUUGCUUGAGUUGACUUGAGAGUGUCAAUUUAAUAUGGAUGUUAUUGUAAAUUUGAGGCUGUACUUAAGGCUUUCAAUUUGAGGAGUUUCUGUCAGCCUUAGUUAUUUGAUAUAUACACAUAAUGUACAUAUGAACAUAUGUGUACAUACAUACCAGGGAUGCCCUGCAGGCUCAGUGGUAAAGAAUUUGCCUGCAAUACAGGAGGUGUGGAUUUGAUCCCUGGGUCAGGAAGAUCCCCUGGAAUCUUCAAGGGGAUUCAAUAUUCAACCCACUCCAAUAUUCUUGUCUGGGAAAUCCCAUGGAGAGAGGAGCCUGGCGGGCUAUAGUUCCUGGGGUCAUAAAAGAGAAGGACGUGGCUUAGUGACUAAACAACACGUUUGCAACCAAAACAAAUUAGACCCUUUUCAUAACCUUUAAAAUAGGGCUUCCCUCCAUUUCCAGGCAAAGAAUUUUUCUUAGAACGAAACUAAGGUUGAAAUAGGUUAAUAUAUUCAGAUGCGAUUUGAAUAACAGAUGCAUCUCUAUUUCUGGUCCAGAGUUGUUGGGGAGGCAGGAGGAAGGGGGGCGUGAUCGUACAGUGCUUUGCCAUCUUCACAGCUCAUCAGUAUCAGCAGCUGACACCAGCAAGUGUUUGCCAAUUAGAGUCUGUUGGCUAACCCUGACCUUGUCGUUACAACCAUUGCUCUCUCGACCUCUGCCAGCUUGACACAUGGCACCAGGCUCUGUGGGCAGCUGGUACUUUGGACUGGAAUGUUCUGUCUCUUCUGGUGAUUCUGAAGCCAAACCUCUGAUCUUCACAUUUGUCCCCACUGUCAGAAGACUGCCAACCCACUCCCAGCUGGGUGACACGUCUAAGUACAUUGUUAAAAUUCCUGAGGAACCAAGUGAUAAGACUCCAGAAACUGUAAAUAGGUUUGAUUCCAGUGAGUACUUGACCUUGAAUGUUGGGCACCAACAGGAGAAAGAACGAGGAGCACUGACUUGCCCUUCAGAGGUUGAGGACAAGGCUUCCCAAGGAAGGGAAUUUAAAGAGAAGAAACCUCAAGGAAUGCAGCAAAGUGACCUCUUCAAAGCGGAAUAUGUCUUUAUUGUGGACUCUGAGGGGGAGGAGGAAGCCCCGGGCAGAAAAGGUGACCAGGGACCCCCGGUGGGGACAGGCCCCCCGGCCGCUCGGCCCGCGUCUCUCGCCAUCUCCUCCUGUCUGGCCUCCGAUGCGGUGCGCCCCAAAACUCGAGGGGCGGACCUCCAGGCCCCGUCGCAUCCUGAACGGCCUCAGGUGAUGGCUCCUCAGCAAAGACACGGGCAGUUAACUUCUCCCACUGCCUCUGAGCAGCUUGCCCGUAAACCACCUGCUUUCUCCUUUGUUUCUCCAACUAAUCAGAAAACACCACCUGCCCCAGGCGACCUCGCCAGAGCCUCUGUCCUGGAGGAGUUCCACUCGAGGAGGCUGGAUGCCCGCGGGGCCCUGGUGGAAGAAACAACCACGUACUUUCAAACUUCUGCUCACUCUGCACCUUUUUUUGCACCGAAGGGCACGUCCUCGACGUCACAGGUCCCCCAACCCGCUCAGUUAUCAGGGUCUCCUUCAUCCAGUCCAAGCACAGCACAGCAAAACACGGGGCAGACUUCUGAAGUCCUCAAGAAGACGGUCACCUCGAACGUCCUUAGUCCCAAAGAGAGUCCGAGAGCCUCUUCUCCUUCACCAGCCUCCGGUGCUUCUCUGAAGUCGAGUGCAGCCUCCUACAUCCCCGUGCGCAUCGUCACGCACUCGCUCUCGCCGAGUCCCAGAGCUUUCCCCUCCCCUUUCCACGGCUCCUCCUCCACGGUCUGUAGCCAAGCGUCCUCCAGCGGAAGCCUCUCGAGGUCAGGGGUGAAACCCCCGGUGCCCUCCAGGCUUUCCGUCCUCACCGCCAUCCUGAAGUCCAGCCCUUCUCACCAAAGGCCCCUCUCCCCGGCCUCCUGUCCCACCUUCUCUCUCAACUCCCUGGCUUCCUCCACGCUCACGCUUGAUCAAAAAGUCAAACAAACCCCACCCACACCUAAGAAAUCCCUCUCAAGUUGCUCCCUGCGAUCAGGGUCUCCAGAGCAAAAGGAAAACCCGGUUUCCGACCUCAGCCAGCCAUCCUUCCCCUUUCUUUCUCCCACCAAAGCUGCACCCCCUCCCCAGGCAUCGGCCCUUUCUCCCCCAAAACAGGGCAGUAGCAGCUUCGCUUCUGUGAUUGUAGAGAAAAUGCCAUCCCCGACUCUGAAGAGCAGCCCAGUGACUUCCCAGCUGCAAACCAGUACCUCCAGCUCUGUGGGUCUGCCUCCCGUCCCUCCAAGCUUUUCUCCUCUGUCUUCGAAAGGCAGACAGGAUGCUGAGCCCAGAGGCCCAGGGAAGCCCAGGGAUAUCUGCUCGCAUGCCUCUACAUCACCUUCCUCCAUAUCGUCUUCUGUGUCUCCUCCCACUAACCCAAGGGCCAUGCUCUCCUCACCAGAGAGACGCUACCAUCCGUCCCCAGCUCUUUCAAACCUGAUAAACAGAUCUAAGAGCGCACAAGCGCCGGUCUCUAGCCAAGGGCAGACUCCGUCUACUCCACCCCCAGCCCCUGUCUCCAGCUCCAGCUCUGCCUCUCUUUCCUGUCUGGGGUCCUCUGCUCUGCCCCUGGCUAAUCCUCCCACAAAAGCACACCAGCUCAGUCCCUCCGCGCUGCACCCAAAUCUUACCCUGCCUUCAAGACUUGGGAAAUCCGAAAGCUCUAUAUCUGACCACAGGUCAUCUGUCUCAGCUCCGUCACCUCCCUUCUCUCUAACAAGAACCAAGGAGCUGAGUUCACCUUGUGCAUUGUCCAUGUCAGCAGGCCCUGAGAAUAAGAAACCCAAGCAAUACAAGACCAAGUCCAGCUACAAGGCUUUUGCAGCAAUCCCAACAAACACAUUGCUUUUGGAACAGAAGGCACUAGACGAACCAGCCAAGACGGACAGCAUUUCCAAGGACAGCACCUUAGACCCACCUCUGGAGUUGUGUUCCCCUGCACAGCUCAGGCAGCAAACUGAAGAGCUCUGUGCUACCAUUGAUAAGGUCUUACAGGAUUCCUUGUCUAUGCAUUCUUCUGAUUCUCCUUCAAGUUCCCUACAGACUUUUUUGGGUUCUGACACAGUCAAAAUGCCUACAACUCUUCCAAGAGCAGCUGGUCGAGAAACCAAAUAUGCAAACCUCUCCUCACCAUCUUCUACAGUACCAGAGAGUCAGCUGACAAAGCCUGGAGUAAUUCGCCCCGUACCAGUAAAAUCCAAAGUAUUACUGAAAAAAGAGGAGGAAGUCUAUGAACCCAACCCUUUCAGUAAAUACCUGGAGGAUAACAGUGACUUCUUUUCUGAGCAGGAUGUGCCUGCCCCUCCCAAGCCUGUUUCUCUCCAUCCUUUAUAUCAGACUAGACUCCAUCCUCCUGCUAAGUCCCUACUGCGACCACAGACCCGCCCGCAUGCUGACGGUCUUACCCCCGGACCCUUCAGCCACUUGUCCUCCUUCUCCUUGAGUGAUGAACAGGAGAAUUCUCACACCUUGUUUAGUUACAACGCAUAUAAUAAGCUGAGUCAUCCAAUGAUGGCUAUUCCGGAACACGAAACCCUUGAUUCCAAAGAGCAAUGAAGAUGGAGCAGAAGUGAACACUCAGGCUGGGCUGAAGUUUUUGGAACGCUGGUGCUAAUCACUUGCUAGAUUUAACUUUUAUCACUCUUUUUUUUCAGCCUUAGUGUUUUCCUUAUGAGCUGCAGUGAAACUAAAAAGGUUCCCUGCGGACAUAUAACAUGGCAGUAGUCACUAACACCCCGCUUAGAAGAGAUUUCCCUACAGUUUCUCCCACCACUGUUAGAGCCUUGAAUGCCUUCCAUUAAGCUGACAGCAAUACUAACACGCCCCUCUGUUUAGCAGGCAAAUAAAAAAGAAACAUGGGGAAAUAGACGGAUGGGCGUGAUGAUUUUUCAACACCAGUUUUAUUUUAUGCAUACGUUACUGUCUGAAUCAGGUUAUAUUUCCUUACUGCUUAAUUAUUUUUACACAUUAAAAAAAAAAAAGUAGCUUUUGGAAAAGGAGUCCCUGCCUGCUUUCAGGGCUUCACUGGGAAACUCUUGAAGGUGUGAAAGCUGGUAUUGACACAGACACGUGCUGUUGUCCUGUCCUGUUUGGGUUCUGCGUUUCCUGGGACGUGCAGACAGUCAAGUGUAGGUCGUGUUGCUGAACUGUCCUCCAUCACUGAUUCUCUGACUGUUGCCACGUGAUUCUUGCAGAGGCUGCUUCAGAGUUAGUUUGUACCCAUCAUCUUGGGAGCAGCCGAGACCGGAGAGCAAACCACCCUGUUGCAGACAGUCCCGGGAGCCUCCCUCCCCUCCACCCCAGCACACCCAGUGUCCGCCAUAUUGGCCGUGUUCCCUUUCUUUCCUAGCUGCCACCCCCAGCUUCCACUCCUCACCUUCUCGAAGUGGCUGCUUUUGUCUUGUCUGCCCAAUUGGGGCAGUACACCAAUGAAGAAUCCACCAUGGUUCUGGACAUCGAGUCCCUGGUAGCAGAGGACUUGGUAGACACUACGUACCCUCGUGCCCAACUCACAUUCUCCUUGGAGCCAUUGCUCCCUCAGACCAUUGCUCCAUCACCCUCAUCAUCCUGCCCAGGGCAAAGCAAGGAGAGUUGCCACAGAACAGUUGGCCUCCUCAUCCUCCACGCACCAUUUUGGAUGGCUCCAUUGCUGUAUUGCAGCAAUAAAGAUGGAGCAGAAGUGAAGAAAAACAUCCUGUAUUUCCAGCUGGUGCCUGGAAAUACAAAGUCCUUAUCAUCUCCUUCAUUAGUGGGUGAGGAGAAGUGGAGCCCUAGUAAUGCUUUAUGCUCAUUUCUUCUCCCCCAAACACUACUUCUCUACCUGCUAGCCUGUGUGAGGCAUCAUUUUAGAUUAUUGAUCAUCAUCUCUGGUAUCCACUGUGUUCUGAUCAUGUGUCCGGCACCACGAAUUUGAUUUAACCUUCACAAUGAGCCUGUGGGGCAGGUAAUAGUGUUAUUCAUAUUUUAUGUUUGUGAGAAGAGGCUCCAAAAGGUUAAAUCAAGCUAGUAAAUGCUAAAGACAGAACUAACACCAGAUAAUCAGGUUCUAAGACAGCCAUUUAUUCAAUUGUUUGUCCACUCAUCUUUGACUUUGAGAACAAAAGGUUGAGUCGAUCACACUCCCUAGUUCAUUGCUCUUAUAAGUUUGGGCAAGACCCCUCUCCUGUGUACUUGUUCAGACGAUUGAUUGAUUAACUUUUCUAAGGAUUUCUAUCUUCUCUUUUCUUGCUAUAGGUACAUAUUCUUGUGUUUGAUAUAUAUUCUUUACCUAUAUAUGUUUUGAAGAUGUGCAUUCUUUUUUGCUGCAUAUAUAUUUAAUAAAUGUAAAUGAUAUAGUUUA